CCUUUCUUCCCAAAAGGAAAGAGAAAUUGUCGCUUCACGACGUGCAGCUCCCAAUGCUUCCAUUGUUAGCCCAUGAAUCUGCCCAUUUACAGCCGCUAACUUAGAACGCAGGCCGUUUCUGGCCCUGCACCACUCGAACCGAACAACAAUGUCCCUAAACGAAAUAUCCCCGCUCCUACGGGCGUGGUACAAAUGGAAGAUGCUCCGACUUCCCUGGCGGCGACAAUUCCUCGUCGGCUUCGACCUAAAAGGCAACACGUACUGGGAAUUCGUCGACCGGGGCACCCCACUUCCCGCGUCCACAACGAGCACACCCACAAGCAGCACCGCACACCCCGACCCAUCCUCCCCCUCCAGCCAUACCUCAAGAGCCGUCCGCUGGCGGCGCAUCGUGCGGUACCCGCGGGGCACGCCGCACGACGCCGUGGCCGUCCCGCCCGCCUGGCACCAGUGGCUGCGGCACACGCGGGCUCACCCGCCUUCGCUAGCCGAGCAGCGCGCCGACGUCGCCCGCCAGGAGCGCAUCAAGCUGCUCGCGGCGCAGGCCGAUGCGCGGUGGGAAGCCAAGCCGAGGAUUGCUGGUGCGGGUGCGGGUGUCGGGCCCGGUGGUGGGGCGCAGAUUCCGAUUCCGAGUGCGACCGGGUCCAAGGUGAUGGACAAGGCGGCGCUGGGGGUGAGGGAGCCGGCGACGUUGGUUGGGAAACCCAACCCGCUUGGGCCACUGGGGAAGGAGGAUCAGGAGCAGAAGCAAAAGGCAACGUUGGAGGAGGCGGGGAAAGAAAAAGUAGGUGGGGGAGCGGGAGGUGUUUCUGGCGUGGUGGCGCCGGAUGAUGAAAUUGCGCUGAGGAAUGGGGAGGUGGCUAGUCAGAGGGACGAGACGUGGGAGAGGAUGCGGCGGGAGGCGGAGGAGAAAGAGAAGGAGGCCAGGGGCGGUGGUGAGGGUGGUAAGCCGGACCCGUGGAAGCAAGCGGCGAGAGGAGGGCCGAGUGAGGCUUGGCAGCCUCAGGCCUGGCAGCCAUCGCCUCGGCCGAAGAAGUAAGUGGUAUUGCACACACACUGGGUUGAUUGGAGGGACUGGCAUGGUGGUUGCGUUGCCGUCAUAUCAGCGACACAACGGAGGCGACGGGCUAGUAUCUGCCCGAAAGGAAACUGACGUAACGGCCAGAAUGUCUGCGGCUUACAAUUGUAGGAAUAUUGCAUCCGUGGAGGUUUGUACAAGUACAUUAUCAGCAUUUAAGGUUAGAACAUCCAGGCGGAAAAUGUGUCAACUGAACUCAAG